UACAUAGCUAGCUACAUAACACCGCCCAGUGCGGACGAAUAUGAUAAUGUAUCUAUUCUAGGCUGUCUUUGAAGCAGGUGGGGGAAAAAACCGCUGGAAAAGUUUGGGAGAGUGUGACAAACCAAGCCAAGUGCUUCGAGAGACAAGAAUCGAUGUUUGAUGGGCUCUUUGCCCCAAUUUUGGAUUACGAUAUGGACGCUUUGAAGUCGGCAGGAAGGGCAAUAAUUCGCAGCCCCAGUCUCGCUAAACAGUCAUGGAGUGUGGGUAGACAUAAAAAGCUGCCAGAGAACUGGACAGACACGCGGGAGACCCUGCUGGAGGGCAUGGUGUUCCAGCUCAAGUACCUGGGCGUCACGCUGGUGGAGCAGCCCAAAGGAGAGGAGCUCUCUGCAGCCGCCGUCAAGAGGAUUGUUGCCACGGCCAAAGCCAGUGGCAAGAAACUCCAGAAAGUGACAUUAAAAGUGUCCCCUCGAGGAAUCAUCCUCUACGACUAUGCCUCUAACCAGCUGAUCGAGAACAUCUCCAUAUACAGGAUAUCCUACUGCACAGCAGACAAGAUGCACGACAAAGUGUUUGCCUACAUCGCCCAGAGCCAACAGAACGAAACUCUUGAGUGCCACGCCUACCUCUGCACCAAGAGGAAGGUGGCCCAGGCAGUGACGUUAACAGUGGCCCAGGCCUUCAGAGUGGCGUUUGAAUUCUGGCAGGCCUCCAAAGAAGAGAAGGAGAAGCACGUGAUGUCUGGGUCAGAUGAGGAAGGAGCAAGUAGUAGCCAGUCGGAGAGCUCGGCCAGACUGAGCAGUCUGAAGGGAGGAGAAGUGGCCACAGGGAACCUUCUAGACUUGGCAGAGGGGGCGAACAUGGCGCUGGUGCACUCAGGGACAAAGGAGAGUGAACCGGACACCUUCAUGGCGCACAACCACGCCACAGAGAACAACAAUACUGUAUGGGAGCUUGAGGAUGGUCUGGAUGAAGCUUUCUCAAGACUCGCUGAGUUUCGCACUAACCCCCAGGUCCUGGACAUUGGGGUAAAACCUCAGGACUUCAACACUGAAGAGUGCCUGUCCCCAGCUAACUGGGACAAAAUGGAUGCAGACAACGCCGAAAAAGACUAUAUGUUUGGGUUCUAAGGGUGGAGCCACUGCGGAAGUAAGGCGUCGAGGGAGGGAGAAAAAGAUGGAGAAGGAGAGUGAUAGGGAUGUGGGAGAAAGCAGUAGAGAGGCAGUGACUGUGUGGUGUCUGUGAAAGAACAGUAGGCCUAGUGGACUUUGUAUGUGAUUCUCCCUGAAAGUCCACUCAGUGGUGCCAUCUUGAGGGAUGUGACUGUUAGCGCGUCUAACUGACCAACCAGGAGAGACCUACUGGAGUCGAGAGCCUCCAGAACUAAGACCAAAGCAAUUCAACCAUUUGUUUGAAUUGAAUUUUAAACAUGCAGUCAUCUGGUGUUUGUUACAUUCAAUACCCCAUUAAUUUUUUGGUUUUUAAAUUUGCCUUUGUCUGUACUGACUGGUAUGUUUGUACUGUAUAUAUGUGUGUAUAUAUACCAAGUUGAGUAUGUAUGUACAGUAUACAUAACCUGAUACAAACCGAGCUAUAAUUUAUUACUUGUUGAGCAUUUGGUGAAGGCGCAUUUAAGCGUUAGAGGCAGAAAAUAAUGUGUAUAUAUAAGGUCAACACAUCCAUGGUCACUGUUUGAGUCUGGGCUAAUGCCACAGUUAUGUUCCCUUUGUUAUUGUCAGUGGAUGGAGGAGUAACUCACUCAGAGGGGAAACUUCACUGGUGAUGGAGUCAAAGCCAGCUGGAGUGAACUUCAGCCAUGAUGCAAAAUAUAAGAAUAAAGAUUGAGGGUGACCAUCACUACGUCUGCGCUCAAUGGCUCUAAUAAUUGGACAAAUGGGCUUUAACAAAAUGUACUUGCCACAGGAGGCUGCUGAGGGGAGGAUGGCUGGAAUGGUAUCAGACACAUGGAAACUGUGUGUUUGUGUUGGAUACCAUUCCAUUUAUUCCAUUCCAGCCAUUACUAUGAGCCUGUCCUCCCCAAUUAAGGUUUCACCGGCCGCCUGUGUUACUUGCAUGUAUAAUAUGUGGGUUAUAUGUAUGUUUGUGUGUGUAUAGAGUCUUAUUUUUAUUCUAUUGCAAGAUCUAUUUUUGCACUCUCCACUAAUCCCUCUACAAAGCACAUACUUUCAUGUCGGUGAUUGUUAUUAUAAUAACCAUCUAGCUCUUACAUGUACCACUAAUGUUGUCUAAUCUGGUUGGUGCUCAUUUUGAUCGUUUACUUGACAGUUUGGAAUGAGGGUUUGAGUUAAGGUCAAGUCUCCAUGUUAAUAUCUCUGACAUUUGUGAUACAGUUUAAAAUAUUUUUGAUAAUUUCUGGUAUUAUGUUACCUCUGAAUUCAAUAAAAAGUAUGUAUCAG